GCUGGAGGCUCUCAAGUGAUCUUUACCAAUCCACUGGAAAUUGUCAAGAUUCGGUUACAGGUGGCUGGAGAAAUUACUACUGGUCCACGAGUUAGUGCCCUCACCGUGUUGCGGGACCUCGGCUUCUUCGGUCUCUAUAAGGGUGCCAAGGCUUGCUUUUUGCGUGACAUCCCCUUCUCUGCCAUUUACUUCCCCUGUUACGCUCACUUGAAAGCUUCGUUUACGAAUGAGGACGGGAGGGUUAGCCCGGGGAAUCUGCUCUUGGCUGGAUCCAUAGCUGGUAUGCCCGCAGCCUCGCUGGUGACCCCCGCGGAUGUCAUCAAAACAAGGCUGCAGGUGGCAGCCCGCGCGGGACAGACCACCUACAGCGGCGUGGUGGACUGCUUUGCGAAGAUCCUGCGAGAGGAAGGUCCCAAGGCUCUCUGGAAAGGAGCAGGAGCUCGCGUGUUCCGAUCUUCUCCUCAGUUUGGUGUCACUCUGGUGACGUACGAGCUACUGCAGAGAUGGUUUUACGUGGAUUUUGGCGGAGUAAAACCAGCUGGAUCCGAGCCAGUUCCUAAAUCUAGGAUCACGCUCCCUGCGCCUAACCCUGACCACGUCGGUGGUUAUAAAUUGGCAGUUGCCACUUUUGCAGGGAUUGAAAACAAGUUUGGACUUUACCUACCUCGGUUUAAGCCAUCGCCACCUACCUCAAAGGCUGCUGCAGCAGUAGGACCCUAAGUUCAUCGCUGUAGGUUUUUUGUUAUUAGUUGGGAACGAGCCACUUUUCUAAUUGGUUAAUACUUUGUUCCUUUAGCUUCUCAUCGUAUAUCAGUUUAGCUUCAUUCGAGUUUUAAGGCAAUUUUCAUCUUAAACGUAAUCAUUUGUCUUUGUGCUUCCUUAACCAGAUCACUGUGAAAUUCUUACCAGUUGUUUUAAGUUGGGGACCAUGAAUGUAUUUGUCCACAUCUGACAUGUGCUCGUGUUGGGAAGACACUAAUUUUAGGUUCCGUUUCCCGGGGAGGGAGGGCUGGGUGAGAGCUGUGCACCCGAUCGUCUCACAGGCAAUGCUUGGUUGCAGAUCGCCAGGGCGGAUGUCGCACAUCGUCACUCAAAAUGGAAAAAAAACCUCAGUGGAUAUCACGGUGCUCAAAGCGGAAUGAUUUUGACUGUACGUGUAAAUUGGUCAUAAAGUCAGUGCGUGUCCGCAGAGGUCAGCAAAUAUAUACCCGGUACCUGAGUAUGCCAGUACAGCUUCGACUUUUUAAAUAUGUACACGCACAAGUUCUGUUUUCUGGGUUGUAUUAUGAGGCUUUUACGUGGAACAUGUUUUUUUUGUAACGGAAACCACAUUUAUAAAUGUUUAGCUGUUGUAUUACGUUACCGGUAUCCAAACGCUCAAAAAGAAGGUGUUAUUGUCCGUAGUCUUUGCACUUUAUGGCAGAACUUUUGGCAUUCUACUACACAUACAAGGAAAUUUCAUAACUGGGUGCCUACCUUGGGUUGCUGGUGUUUGGAGUUCAGUUUGUAUAUGCACUUCUGUAGUAAAACGCUGCUUGUUUAAAUACCUGCAAUAGAAAAUCAUGCACUGUAUCGAUGGUACCUGCCUUAACUGCUGGCUUGUAAUUGGCAAAUAGGUAGUUUCAGAUUCUUAUUUACUUCGUUGAGUCAAAAGAGAUUAAAAUGCUCUAAAAGAAAAGAUUUUACUUAAUUUUUUGGUGCCUUGCACAGUGUUUAGGAAAUGAUGUAUUUAUGAAGAUAGAAAUAAACCUUUCAAACAGAC